GGGGGAUUGUUAGCCAUAUAUGCAUGUAUAAAUACUUAUAAUAUCUUGCUUAUAUAUGCAUAAUAUCAACCGAAGUUCCCUUUAAUAUUUGUGUCUCUUCCCAUUCUGCAACAUGAAAAUGGUUGCCUCCACCUCCAUCUUUAUGUUCAUUUUCUUGGUGUAUACCAACUUGUACAUUACUAUAUCCAGUCCAGUUUGCCCUCCGCCGGAUUGUUCGGAGCAUGCAAUUCCAAUAUACAAAGAAGAUAUAGACAUGAUACAGUUUGCCCUGAAUUUGGAGCAUUUGGAAGCAGACUUUUUUCUGUUUGCAGCCCUUGGUUAUGGCCUUGAUGAGGUUGCACCAUAUUUAGUAAUGGGAGGCCCUCCCCCAAUUGGGGCUCAAAAGGCAAAUCUUGAUUUUCUUACAGAGAAUAUUAUCACUGAAUUUGGCUUUGAAGAAGUUGGCCACCUCAGGGCCAUUAAAUCAACGGUAGGUGGAUUCCCAAGGCCUCUAAUGGAUCUUAGUCCCAAGAACUUUGCAAAAUUGUUCAAUGAAGCAUUUGGAUAUGAACUUAGGCCCCCUUUUAACCCUUAUCGUGACAGCCUCAGCUUCAUGAUGGCUUCUUAUGUAAUACCAUAUGUGGGAUUACUUGGCUACGUGGGCACAAAUCCCAACAUCAACGGCUGCGUUACGAAGCGACUUUUGGCAGGACUACUGGGGGUAGAAUCUGGACAGGAUGCAUAUAUUAGAGGAUAUCUAUAUGAGCGAUCCAAGGAGGUUGUGUUCCCAUACAAACACACAGUAGCUGAGUUCACAAUCCGACUGUCCGAGUUGCGAAACCGAUUGGCAAUGUGUGGAGUCAAAGACGAAGGCGUGAUCGUCCCACCACAGCUCGGGGCGGAGAAUCGGACCAUAAGCAACUUAUUAUCUGCCGAUUAUAACUCCCUCUCCUAUGGGAGGACUCCACCGGAAAUUCUCAGAAUUGUGUAUGAUACCGGUGAUGAGCACGUUCCCGGUGGAUUCUUUCCUGAGGGAGCCGGUGGAAAAAUAGCCCGUGAACUCCUCGAAAAGCAUGCAUAGUAUUGAACGUACUAUUAUUCAAUCUUCUUUGCCAAAUAUAUGUGGCUAAAGAAGUCUUGCUACUUUAUUUGUUCGGUUACUUAAUCAAAUUAAAAUAUUCGCAGCGUUUUUCUCA